UUGGAAUCACCAAUAUGAAUUUUUAUGCUCAAACUUGGAACUCAGUUCCAAAUCUUUUGCUUUUGCUUCCUCUAAUAAUCUCACUUCUCCAAUUACAAAAUCUUGCCAAUAGUUCCCAAAAUACAACAAGUGUUGGUGUGAUCAUUGAUGUUAAUUCUGAAAGAGGGAAACAACAGAGAACAGCCAUGCAAAUUGCAGCUCAAAGUUUCAAUAAUUAUUCCAAUACUCAAACCAUAACCCUACUCUUCUGUGAUUCUGGUAGAAACCCUUUACAAUCAGCUUCAACUGCUGAAGAAUUAAUUACUAAAGAGAAAGUUAAAGUCAUUAUUGGCAUGGAAACAUGGCAAGAAGCUGCUAUUGUUGCUGAUGUUGGAGCCAUGUUUCAAGUACCAACAAUUUCAUUUUCUUCUCCAUUAGUCCCUUCAUCAUUAACGCAAACUCGUUGGCCAUUCUUGAUUCAGAUGGCUCAAAAUCAAACUGCACAAAUAAACUUCAUAUCUGGUAUAAUCCAUGCUUUCAACUCUCAAAAGGUUAUAGCUAUAUAUGAAGAGAACCCUUACAAUAGUGAUUUUGGAAUGUUAAGCCUCUUAUCCGAGGCUCUCCAAAAGGUUAACUCCCAGAUUGAGUAUCAAUUAGUUCUUCCACCAUUCACUUCUUUAUCUGAUCCAAAAGGGUUUGUUCUUGAUGAAUUGUUGAAGUUGUUGAGGCUAAAAUCUCGUGUUUUUAUUGUACUUCAAGCAUCAUUACCUAUGGUGAUCCAAUUAUUUAGAGAAGCUAAUAAAAUUGGAUUAUUGGAGAAAGAAUCAACUUGGAUAAUCAAUGAAGAGAUUACAAGUAUGUUAGACUAUGUCGAUAAAUCAGUUUUAUCUUCUAUGGAAGGUGUUUUAGGAAUCGAACACAACUAUUCUUCAAGUUCUAGUGCUUAUGGUCAGUUGCAGGAAAGUUUUCAAGCUGAGAACACAAAAACAGUUGAGUCCAAACUAGGAUCAAAUGUUCUUCUAGCUUAUGAUAGCAUUAAAAUUGUUACAAAGGCUUUGGAGAAAAUGAAUACUAAUUCUAGUAGCUCAAAGAUGUUAUUGGAGGAAAUGUUAUCUGCAAAUUUCAAUGGCUUAAUUGGUGAUAUAAGAUUCAAAAAAGGAAUACUAUCCUACAUUCCAAUGUUAAGAGUCAUUAAAGUGGUUGAUAAUGACAAGAAACAUAUGGAAUUGGAUAUUUUGACACCAAAGUUUAAGUUUGCUAGAUCUCUUCGAGAGAAUACAUGUGAUGGUGGUAAAGAAAGCUUAAAUGAUUCUGUACCUAAGACAUGGAAAGUACCUACUGAUACAAAUCCUCUAAAAGUUGGAAUUCCUAUGCAUGCUACAAUUGAUAACUUUUUGAAAGUCUCUGAAAAUCAACCUCCUACUGGUUUUUGUAUAGAUCUUUUCAAAGAGAUCAGAGAAAUUCUGAGUGACAAGUAUUCUGGUCUGCACUAUAAAUUUUACCCUUUAAAUGGAUCUUAUGAUACAAUAUUGUUUAAAGUCAUGGAUGAGCAGAAACUGAAGAUUCAGCAUGGUUGA